AUGUUCUACCACACCUAUAUCCUGCUCAAACACGUCCUCAGCCCCGCGCUGCCGUACCCCAAGAUGCGGCAGCACGGCGACUGUUCGACGUCGCAUUACUGUCCGACCGACGGCAAACUCUGCGCCAUGCACCCGUACAUCAACCUCUGCAACGCCGUCAACUACUUCUGCCACCGCUGCGCGCGCGUCUGCCAGGGGGACUGA